UAAAAGUUACCUUUACUCUCCUGGUCAAUUAUUGAUCCUAUGUUUGCCGGAUUCUAGUAUCCAUGACCUGUUAGGAACUAUGGAGGUCUGGACAUGCGUGACCCGCACCCCCGGGAUAGGGGAGGGGGCGGAGCAAACCUGUCAAUCACCGCCCAGGUAGCGUUGUCUCACCUGGCCUGUGUAAACACCUGACGCACCUUUCCAACAUGUCGGACAGGUACGUAGAGCAGCUUAGGUUAGUUUGUCGCAGGCCUUAAACUUGCAACUCUUUAUCGUUAAAAACCAUGUGGAUACUGAAGACCACUACUUCGUGAUCACCACUAGACGUUUGUUGUGGAGCCGUGGGAUGAAUAUUUGUCUUUUCACAGUACUCUGCAGUCUCCCGGUCGUUGACCCCAGGUCGGGGGUGCCGCUGACAACAACGACGCCCGCCGGGUUUCCAUUUAAAAAUGGCGACAAAGCAAGGAAAGAAGGUCAAAUUCAAAGUUAGGAAUCUGUUCUCGAGGAACAAGUAUAAGAAGUUCUCCAAGUCCAAGGAACGUGCCCCCGUACGUAAGGAGUCGGACGAGUCAAUAACAACUUUAGGCGACGACGUGGAAGAGAGCAAAGGAUUGUACUUAGAUUUAGAGGUUAAUCAGACGGUAGUAAGUCACUCACAGCAGCAGCCCAAACGCCGCAGUGUGAAGUUAGAUGUGGGAGACCUUCUGUACGGUGGGCAGGGCGGGCAGCAGGACCGAGAGACAGAACCUUUCUCCUCGGACCAAACGGCCCCAGACACCGACGGAGAAGAGAGGGCACGGCCCGGGGAAGAACAAGACUUGGGCCUGAGACUUGUCACGAAGGAAGACGAGGAAGAAAAUUCUUCGAGUGACACUAAGACUGCCGAGAAGGUGUUUUCUGCUGAAGUUCACACGGACAGUAGUGGUGCAGAAAAUGGGACCCAGUCUGACAAACACGUCAUGAAGAACACUGGGCCACAGUCAGGGACAGAGGAGCUCUCGUUUUCCAAGAAAGGAGAAGGAAAGUCGAAGAAGAAACGUAAGAAAGUGACCUUCUCACCCACGUCUACCAAGUACAUACAGCUGGAGGCCUCCCAGGAAACCUUAGACAUCUAUGUGGUGGAAGAACAAACGAUCAAAAAGAAGAAAUCCAAGAAGAAGAAAAUAAGAAAGAGAGUCCGCAAGGCGGCGCGGCUGAGCUGGCGGUACCUGAUGGCGGGCUUCCAGAACAUGACGUUGGCAACGCCGUUCUACGUUACCACGACCACCGUGGAGAGCAUGUACACACCGCGGCCCAGUUACCCCUGACAACUGUUACCAUGGCUGGAGCUGACGAAGAUUUGCUCUUCAGGUAUGACAACAAGGCCGGGAAUUUUUGAGGAAGAAAACAGUACUUAGUCAAGGACAGAGCCCUAAUUAAGUUGAGUGAGGAUCGAAAAUUAUGUAUAGGGAUGGAUGGACUAAUGAAUUCUGAUUAAAACCUUUUGGAUGAUAUGAUCACAACACACACACAGAGACUUAAUAUAAAUCAAACGAAUUAAAAGCUGGUGUUUUUAUCAGCGUAGUUUAGUUACUCACAACUUAUUACAUACAUGGUGCAACUAGACGAGAGACGGUACAGUGUGAUAUAAUGAUUGUAGUCAAUGUAUACUUUGUGGCUAUGACUCAUCUUAAGCGAAUAAGACUGAUUUUAGUUGCAUGCCAUGAAAUAAUCAUAUAAAGAACUGUCUUCCCGCAAGUGUAAUACUAGUAGUCCUAGUGAGUUUUUUUAAAUUUAUACAAUAUUCUACCAAAUCCUUGGAUAAUUCUAUAUGUAAUUCACUACAUACAAUAUAUAGAUUUAUUUUUUGUGAAAGAGUUGUCUUUGUUUAAAAAAAAAUGAUGAAGUGCCUUGUUAGAAGGAUGUGUGAAAGUAGUUGAAUUUUUAAGGUCAGAGGCAAAUUGAACCUUCCAGCUAUAUCUUUUAAGGCUUGCUAAGAUACUACAUUCUGCAGUGCAGAUGAUACAGUUUAUUUUAGACGAUGUAGCAUACACAAGUUAUUUGGACAAUAAUUUGAAUCGAAUUAAAUGUUGACAAGAC